UUGAAUUUGACCCCAUAAUCUUUCUCUCCUUGUUCUUUCAUUUUCGAAACUCUGCUCUUCUUGUAAUUAUGAAGUGCUUUCAUUUCACUAACUGGGAGAGGCGGGACGGGGGAGACGAUGGAGGCGGCGGCGCCGCUGCCGUUUUGAGGGUGGCGCCGAAGGUGACGUGGACGAGGUCAUUUAGUGUGGCGUCGAGCAGCGCCGGUAUGAGUCGUUCUGAGUUCGACUCCCAGUCGAUCAGGGACUUGGCCUCGGAUGACUCGACCGUCGGUUGUUUCUACGAGUUACUGACUCAGCGUCGAGCAAACGAUCUGCGGUCUUUCACAUUCACCGAGCUGAAAUCAGCUACCCGUGGGUUCAGUAGAGCUCUUUUGAUUGGUGAAGGCGGGUUCGGAUGCGUUUACAGAGGUGUCCUUAAAGUUCCUGAUGAAGCUAACGACGGUCGUGAUUUAAAGUUGGAUGUCGCCAUCAAACAACUCAAUCGUCACGGUUUCCAGGGGCAUAAGGAAUGGAUCAAUGAAGUGAGCCUUUUGGGUGUAGUUAAGCACCCGAAUCUUGUAAAAUUAGUUGGAUAUUGUGCUGAUGAUGAUGAGAGAGGGAUCCAGAGGCUUUUGGUCUAUGAACUUAUGCGUAACAAAAGCUUGGAAGAUCAUCUCUUGGCUCGGAUGCCAUUGUCAUUGCCGUUGCCCUGGUUGACAAGAUUGAAAAUCGCUCAAGACGCAGCCCGGGGUUUGGCUUACCUACAUGAAGAAAUGGACUUUCAGCUAAUAUUUCGAGAUUUCAAGACGUCAAAUGUUCUACUAGAUGAGGACUUCAACGCGAAGCUCUCAGACUUUGGAUUAGCUAGACAAGGACCUUCGGAAGGAUUUGGCCAUGUUUCUACAGCAGUUGUCGGAACAGUAGGUUAUACUGCCCCUGAGUAUGUGCAAACCAGUAGGCUAACUGCUAAGAGUGAUGUUUGGAGCUUCGGGGUGGUUCUGUACGAGGUCAUCACCGGAAGACGAGCACUAGAAAGAAAUCUACCUCGAAGUGAGCAGAAGCUCCUCGAAUGGGUGAGACCUUAUGUAUCUGAUUCGAAGAAAUUUCACCUUAUCAUAGAUCCUCGCCUUGAAGGACAGUAUUGCAUCAAAUCCGCCCAGAAAGUAGCAUCCUUGGCGAACAAAUGUUUAUUGAAAAACCCAAAGUGUCGUCCUAGAAUGGCUGAAGUGGUUGAGAUACUAAGCAACAUCAUUAGUGAGACUUCAUGUAAAGACGGAGGUGUGACUGGGUCAGUCCGUGAAAAUGAAUAUGUAAAGGAAGGAAGUGGAGUAGAGAUGGAGGGCGAGUCUAGCAAGCAAGGGAACAGAUACUUGAAGAUGGUUUUAGAUAUCAGAGAGAUAAUCAGUUUAAGAAACAAAUCAAUUGUGAAGUUAGAUUGGAGAAAUUGGACACCCGGACUGGUGAGGACUUGGUGAUGACCGAUGACGAGAUCACAACCGGGAAACAGAAAUAGAUAAGCCUCUCAGUGAGUGCAUUAUCAAAUACAUAGUAGCAUGAAAUACUGUUUUAAUUCGUUUCUAACUCCAUCACUGUUUAAUGAAUGAAUUAGUCGAGUCACAUC